GUUGCUGCCUCCAGCUCAGCUCCUGAGGAAGAACCAUCUGAUGAAGCUCUGCUUGCCGUAGUGUCACACAUGGAUGUUUCAGCAGCUUUCAGCUGGAUGGUUUUGGAAGCAGUAAGGUAGGAGGUGUACUACACCUUCUGAUCAUCGGUAGCUAACCUGGCUUUUUCUAACCUUUAUCUUUUUCUGCUUUUUACCAAAUAUAAUGACAGCUUUUUUCUCUCUUAGGCUUUUUUCCUCACAAAUUGCUUUUUUUUUACCACCGACCGCCGCCAUUUUUCAUCCCGCUCAACAUUAAACUAACUUUUUAUCAUCACAUAUUUAUGCUCGUCUUCAUCUCAUUACAAUAAUUUUAAUCAUCACAUACAUUGCAACAACUAAUGUUAACAUGUUACUAAUGCUUAAUUGUAGUACUAAUAUCUAGCAGUAGUAAAUUAUUAUUAUUUUUUAUUCUGUUAGAAGUAUUACUAUGAGAGAUUGUGCCAAUUCUAUGUAUCUCAUUUCCUUUUUUUUUGUGCCAUGCACUGUAGCUGACUUGGCUCCUGAACCACCCGUCCGGCCUGAACCUGUGCCCUCUGCGUCGAAAGCUGCUGCGCCAGAAAAGCAGCCUCUGCCCACAGAGGAACUGCUGCUGCCAGAAGGCUGGAAACAGACACUUCCCAAGGAGCAGCAUUUGUGGGUCAGCAAGGCUCUUUUCACCAGAGACAAGUCUGGCAGACUGGCGCUGACUAAAAACUUGCGUCUCUGGUGGCAUCCUCCUGGGCCCCGUCCUUUGUAUUCUCAACCUCCUUCAUCACCAGAUGCCUUUUAUCAUGCAAGGCUGUUCCUGUGGGUCCCUUAUCGCUUGUGGGCAUACCGGCUGCUGUGUUCACAGCCUAACUGUCGGCGUCUUGGUUUCCCGAUGACGGCGUGUGGACUGUACAGGACGGUCAGGAAAGUCUUGGACGUCAGUGGCUGGUACUACAUGGCUACAGAAUAUCUUGAAUGCAGGUCCUGCAAAAAAAAGCUAGCAGCCUGGUCUCAAGAUAUUCUUAGCCAGCUUGAUCCUGUCCACAGGGAAAUGUUUCCUGCAGUCUUGACCUACAGGCUGUCCUGUGAUAAGGAGAUUGUGAGGUGGAUGCGGGGACGCUCACUUGGGAACAGUGCAACGUCUGCCUACCGAAGCCUGUGUGUCAGGCACAGAGAGCAAUGGAUUGCCCAGACAACCCAUUAUCUCUCUGUGGUUGGGAAGUUCCCAGACUGCACCACAGAUCCCAGCAGUCUCGCUGCCCGGCUACCUCAGAUGGUGCCUGUGCCUUGUCCGGCAUGGCUGCUGUCAGUGUAUGCUAAAGAUGUACUGACACGGCUGCCUGAACUAAAGGCUAGGGUGACCUCCAUCUAUGGAACCAUCCUAAAGAUGGAUUCCACUAAAAAGGUCACUAAGAAACUGGCUGGUGAGGCUGCUGGCACUGCAGCAUGGGUCACAGAUGUGGGCAACGAGUUUGGCCAGGUUCUCAUGUGUGUCCUCACUGAGGCAGAGGGUGAUGGCCUGCUUCCCAUGUGCUCUAGACUCGUGGAGCGCUACCGGAGAGCUGGAGAAGUUCCUCCCCAACUUCUCUAUGUGGACCGGGACUGUUGCUCUGCCACUGGGAAAGGAAAGGCGGCUGCAAUGUUUAGCGAGUGGGACCAGCUCAUUGUCAGGCUGGAUGUGUGGCACUUCAUGCGGCGGUUUACCGUUGGAGUGACCACAGACAGCCACCCGCUUUAUGCACCCUUCAUGAAGCGCCUCACUGCUUGCAUCUUUGAAUGGGAUGCUUCAGAUGUGGAGAGGCUAAUGGAGGCCAAGCGGUUGACAGGCUGCCAGCCCACUGCCAAAGAACUGGCAAAGCAUUGCCGCCGCCGCACUCGAGGGGCCCAGGAGACCAUGCAGCUUCUUGAGAAGCUGCUGCAAGACUUCAUGGGGGCCACUGACACCAUGGGGAUUAGACUUCUGGACCAGGAGAGGAUGCAAGAGAUCUGGCAGACCCAGCAGCGCCACGUUCAUUGCAUCCAGGACCCGCCAGGUGUACAGCUGUACAGGAAAACAGGGCAGGUGACCAAGGAGGGGGUCAUUCUGCCAGUGUAUCGCUGUGCACGUGGCUCCACAUCUCUGGAGUCAUUCCACCUGCACCUAAAUCGCUUCGUCCCAGGUACAAGUGCAAAUGCUUUGCAUUUUCAAAUGUACCUGCUGGAAGGCCUGGUGCAGUGGAAUGAGGCACGUGGGGUCGCUGCAGUAGAGGGUGCCCGCAGAGAGAACAUCUGCUACGGUGGCCAGCUGCUGCAGUACUGCAAUAUACUGAGCCAGCAGCUCCUGGGACAGAAACUGGUGCAGGAUUACACCAGCCCCGGUGAAUAUACAGGAGAGCUUAUUGGUGUGGAAUACUUGUAUUCUCAGACCAAUAGAGCUCUAGAGGAAGACCUGGCUAAAGAUCCUGAUGUUCCCGAUGACCUUCAGAAUGAAGACCUACUGGCUGAUCUGGAGGGCGAUGAGGGGUUUGAGGAUGCAUACCUCGACGAGCCCACUGAAUUUAUGGAGCUUGAGGGCAACCUCCAAAACCCCUCUCAGCCCUCAUCCCAGACAGACCCAGCAGCUGUGUCUUCCUCUCCUGCGUCGUCCAGUCAGAGCCAGAUGGAGAGUGUGGGACCAGAUGGCCAACCUGGAUAUGACCAUGUCAUUAGACUGGCUGACUGUCUGGUUGACCUGCGGCAUCAGGGGUUUGUCACGCAGAGUAUGGUAGAUAAGAUUGUCAUGCUGUGGAACCACCUAGCAGAUCAUGACAAGGGACCUCUCAUCUAUCCUCCCCGCCACCGUGACAAACUGCUGAAGGGUCGCUUUAAGGUCAGCCAUUCGAAGACCAACGUAACCCCCGGCACAGAUAGUCUAAAGAGAUGCUUCCUUGGUGAAGGUGGACCUGCACAGUGGCCCAGUGCAAGCCGUCUAGUGGAAGCUAUCUGCCUGGCUCUCUGCAGAAUCCACCCUGCCAGGCAAACCAUCUCCGGAGUUCGUGUGAACCGAUGGGCUGCCAUUCUAAGGGACUACAGGAAGAUCCGUGAUGUAGUCUUGGGCAGCCCUGGAAUCAUGGCUCAAACUAAAUUAAAACUGUUUGAGCUGAACCAGCUUACCAUCUCACAGUGGUUCAACGCACGAACAAAGGAGCAAGAGAGGGAGGUUUUGCAGCAGGACAUCGAGGCGUUCUCUGCUCCUCUGGUGGCCCCUGUACCGCUCCCACCGGUGCUACAAAAACUGCCGGAAGCAGUCCAGCACGGACACUCGUGUUUCGAGUCUGCAAUACCGCAGGAUGCGUCUGGACAGGCAGCACCGCGUUCUCGAGGCCGACCGCCUCCUGUGGGCACAGCGGCAGCAUCUGUCAAACCUGGUCCUCAUGUCUCUCCUGGCACAGCCACUUACCUCACACCUGCCUCCACAUCAGCACCUUUUGCAGCACUUGCAUUUACCGCAGCACUUGAAUCAUUUUCUGCAGGCUUUGCUAAGACUGUUGCUUUUCCUGCUGGUGCUGCACCUGUUCCUGUUCCUGCUGGUGCUGCACCUGUUCCUGCUGGUGCUGUGCCUCUUUCUGUUCCUGCUGGUGCUGCGCCUGUUACUGUUGUUGGAGUACUCGCACCAGUUGCUGCGCCAGAUGAAAAGAGGGUGCCAAAGACCACAGCAUGGCGGCGGAAGAAGUUGGCGGAGGCAGCCGCUGCAGCAGCAGCUCAAGGUUUGACUCCCCGAAAAAGACAAGCACCUCAGCAGUUCCUAUGCCAAAAGUGUGGCCAGCCAAAAACUAAAGAAUUUGGCCAUAGCCAGUUCAGAGGCGUCCACUUUUGUGCAAAGGCUUCUGGGAAAACUGUGGCGCAGUGGAUGGAGGAAGUUAAAAAAGGAGAGACAAAAUAGACUCUUAAAAAUGACCAAUUUUGUACAUUUGUUCUAAAUGUUUAUUUUGUUUAAAAAAAUAAAUAAAAAUAAAAAAUAAAUAAAUAUAUAUAUAUAUUCAUUCUUGUAUAUGUUUUAGGGCUUUAUGAUACCUUAGAAAAAUUUGAUUACUUCUAAAAUAACAUUUCCCUAGAAAAAUGCAGCUUUUUGUGUGUGUGUUAAUAAAUCAUUUACUUAAUAUUAAAUGGUUAAAAGAUCAUUUUUAGAUGCAAUUUAACUCCUAAUUCUAAAAAUUUUAAGUCUAAAAACACUGUCAAGGUGAUUGGCUGUUGUCAUUUUCUUUUUUCUUAACUUUUGCAGUUAGUGUUGAUUUUUAGCUCUGGGUUAAGCUUUGAGCUGCUCAAGCAAAUAGCUGAGCAGCAACUACUGGGAAGGUAGUUUAUAAAAUAAUAAUUUAUCAUACGUUUGUGAUUUUUAUAUCCCAUAUACUGUUGUCAUAACAAAAUUAAUAUUUUACUAUAUUGUACAGCCCUAAUAUGUUAAAAGUAUAAA